AUGUCCCGGUCCCGGGGAAUGGCGUCACCGGGAGGGUACUCCUCCGGUAAUCCCUCGGGAAAUAAUUCCCCUAGCGUGCAUUCCGGAGUUAAGCGGCUCUCCCCAGAGGAUCGCCAACGGCUAGCUAAUAUGCUGCGCGCGCUGCAGAUCCAGCAGCAAGCGCACGCGGAAGCGCAGCCUCCUGCCUCCGCGGAAGCCAGCGCUGGCGCAAGCAGGCCGGCGGAAGGCGGAGCGGAACGGCCCGCGGAAGCUGGCGCGGAGAGGGGCGCGGACAUGGCGGUGGAUGCGCCGGCGUGCGCGCAGGGAGGGGAGCGGGAGCGACAGGGCCGGGAUAUGGCGGGGGCGAAUGGGGAAGCAGGGGGGACGUGGGGCGAUUCGCCUUCGUCGCCUUCGUCGCCUCCUCCGGGGGGAGCCAUGAGGUGCGGUUCGCGGGGGGACGAGGGAGGGGACGAGGGGGAGAACGAGCGGGGGGACGAGGGUGGGGACGAGCGGGGGGGCGAGCGGGGGGGCAAGAGAGGAGAGGCGAGAUGCGAGGGCUUCUGGCGCCUCUGGCGGGAGAUGGCGCACCUCUACUUUGACCUGCGCCCUCUCCUCCCUCCCCGUUUCGAUGGAAACAACAGCCAUAAAGACAUCCUGGAAAUAGUGCGCAGGCACUCGGACAUUCUGGAGAUAGAGCGAAAGCACUCGGGCGCGCUGGUGCGGCCAGCAGCAUCAAGGGACGGGGCGGGUGCAGAGGCGGCACAGACAGUGCUGAUGAUGGACUGUCGCAAGGACAUAUUAGAAAUUGUGCGCAAGCACUCGGGCGCGCUGGUGCGGCCAGCGGCAUCACGGGACGGGGCGGGAGCAGAGGCGGCACAGACAGCGCUGACGAUGGACCGGCAGUACUGGCGGGAGAUGGCAGACCUCUUCUUUGUGCUGCACCCUUCUAUUCAUAUGCUCUCCCUCCUCCCUGCCCCCUUGCCCCAUGGACACACCAGUCGCAAGGAUAUUUUGGAGAUAGUACGGAAGCAUUCUGGCGCUCUGGUGCGGCCGGCAGCGUCUCGGGACGGGGCGGGUGCGGAGGCGGCGCAGACGGCGCUGAUGAUGGACCGGCAGUACUGGCGGGAGAUGGCAGACCUCUUCUUUGUGCGCGGCGUGCAGCUGAGGGGUGAUGCCACUCAAGACGGCUCGUUCCGGGAUGUCGUGUUCUUUGUCAGAGACGAGCCUCUGGAGUGGCGUGGUCGAUUAGAGGCAAGGUGGCUUGAAGGCGAGGUGAGGUGUAGUCGAGGUGGGUCUGAUGUACCAUUGUGGCGUGGUGUCGUUGCUUCCAUGGUUUCUCUCCCACUCGCCCACCCGUCUCAUUCUCACGUGCCAUUUUCUCCCACCCAUCCCCCCGACUCACCCAUCCCUCCCACUCACCCAUCUCACCCACUCAACCUUCCCCCCCACUCACCCAUCCCACCCACUCAACCUUCCCCCCAAUUCACCCAUCCCUCUCACUCACCCAUCCCUCCCACGUACCCAUCCUCUCUCCCAUGCAGUCGCCUGCAGCAACACCCCGCCAGGCAGAUGGUGGGGGAAAUGACAUGGGGGGCACGGCAGGCAGGGGCGAGGGCAUGGAGGCAGUGGAGAGACGAAGGCCAUACUUCGCCCGGCGCAGACAGAGCAGCGUGA